AUGGCACAAGCAUGGAUUAAUAGGGCCGCAAGAAGUCGGGCUUCUGCGUGGAAAGUAGGCAAUAAACAUCCUUAUCAUGGGUACGCCAACCAGUUGAUCGCAAAGUGGAAAAAGCCCAGCUAUGAGAGGCUCUGCUGCCUGAGGUGUAUGCAGCCCGGGGACCAUAACUUUCAGACCACUUGCGCCUAUCGAGUCUCGAAGCAUCUGCGUGAGGAGCAGGUCGUGGAGUGCAUGCAUUGCGGCUGUGGGGGUGGAGCGAGUGGAGAUUGA